AUGGAGGACGAGAGGGGAGGGCGGGCCAACUCCGAGGAGGAGGAGGAGGAGGAGGAGUCAGCGGUGUCGACGUCACACGCGCUCGGGGCCUAUUCGUGCACCUCCCUUUUCCGCCUGGAGCAAGAAGCCAAGCGCGAGCGGUACGCGCGGGUGCAGGAGAAGCAGCGCAAGGGUGACGCCAUGCCAGGAAAGAAAAUCAGUGAUGAGGUGCUGGACCUGGCCGAGUACACGAAGAACCAGCCCUGGUGGCGCAAGCUGUGCGGGCCCAGCUCCGGCUCCAGCACAGAAAAGUACAACGUAGCAACCCAGCUGGCUAUUGGAGGUGUCACAGGAUGGUGCACUGGCUUCAUCUUUCAGAAGGUUGGAAAACUGGCCGCAACUGCCGUGGGAGGUGGCUUCUUCCUGCUUCAGAUCGCGAACCACACGGGAUACAUCAAAGUCGACUGGCAGUUGGUGGAGCGGGACGUGAGCAAAGCCAAGCAGCAGCUGAAGUUUCACAGCAGCAGCACCAACCAGCUGGCACCGGAGGUCAAGACCAAAGUGGACGAGGUGAUCUCCUUUCUGAAGCAGAACGUUCUCCUGACCGGCGGGUUUGUCGGAGGGUUCCUGCUCGGAAUGGCCUCUUAGGAGACGCCCGGA